GUACUGCGUGCACGCUUCCACGCAGCUGCGCCAUGUCAUAACAGCCUGCGACACUGACUCUCUCUUUCUCUCCCAUGUCCAACUCAAAAGAGAUUUGCACGUUUUUUCUAAAAAAUGCGUGCAAUAAAGGCGACCGAUGUUUGUAUCGUCAUGACCGUGCGUCGACGGGGACAACAGUUCCAUGUCCUUACUUCAAGUUGGGGACGUGCAAGUUUGGAGAUAGUUGUUUAAAUCGACAUGAGAGGGAGGGCUCCCUGAAAGAUUUGGACGCGUCCAAUACACGAGCUCCAUGCAAGUAUUUUACUCUUGGCAAGUGCAGGCAUGGAGACCACUGUCUUUACGAUCAUGGGAUCAAAGGACCAUCUUCGUCACUGUCUACAUCGUCUUUCAUUCCGGCAAUCUUGAAUACCACAUCUGCCAGCUCUGACACGUUUGUGGAACAUUCGAAUCCGCCGCAGCAACCGAUCACACCCUUAGUGCAGAAUCUCCCUGAGUCCCCCAAUGGUCCAAUGGCUGUAAUCCCGGAACUGAUACCUCUGCCGCCUUCGAGAGCAACUUCACCGGAACCUGCAUCUCCGUUUGGUGACCGACGUGAUGACGAUUCGCAGACAUCAGUGAGGACUUCAGGAGAGCAAUUGAAUGGCACAAACGACUCGGAGAUAAACCCCGGAUCCUCUUCCCCUCUGCCUCAUCUGACCUAUCAAGAAUCCUCACCAAUAUUGUCUAUCGAACCAUAUCCAACGUAUCAACAAGGACUAUACCCUGCAUACUCGGAUUACCGUCUUCCUGUCCAUUAUCCUCUGCCUAUAUCACCCACUAUAUUGUCCCCGAUGCCUCCCCUGCAACCUCAGUUUUUCCAACCAAUAAAAAAGGACGCCACCGUUCCCCUCUGCCAGCAGCAUUUUGAGAAAAAUGCCUGUCUUUACACCAACGAGACCUGCCAUUUUCGACAUAUUUUAUCAGCAAAUGAAUACAAAGCUCUAUCACAGACUCUGUCGUCAAUGGAUCCGCUCACCCCCAAUAUUAAUGGAUCUACGAAGAAAUGUCUAUUCUAUGAAGCGGGAAAGUGCAGAAACGGAGACGCAUGUCCUUACGUGCAUGAGGUCCACGGACAAGCUGUCGCUCCAAAAAUGGCCAUUCCCCUUUCUCUCAAUGAUAACGAGGACCUCAGGGACGAUACCCGCAACUCUGCAACCACCAGUGAGCCGUUCAGAACAACCGGUUUCAAGAGGAAGGUCUGCCACUACUACCAACAAGCGAAGUGCAGGAAUGGUGACCGCUGCAAGUACACCCAUGAGAAAGAACCCCUUUCGGACGAGAACCCGGGUGCCUCGGAUAACUACGGCUGGGGAGGCAGCGGUGAUGAUCGGGCUGAUGCGGGUCAACCAGCUGCGGAAGAUAAUGGUUGGACUAUUACGGACUGUGAUUGGACGAGUGACCUUCCCCCUGAGGUGCCACAGAUAUCAGUUUGGGACACACAGCCGUCGGAUGAAGGUGCUGAUGCUGAUAAUCAGGCUCGUGCUCUUGAAGCACCCAUCUCCGGAAGGAUUUCAGCUUUAAAUGUGGAGUCUGAGAGCAAUGAAGGUGAUAAUCAAACCCCGGCUCCCACGCAAGGUCAAUCGGAUGAUGCAGCUACCUGGGACCAGGAUUGGGGUAACCAGAACCCAUCGCAACUUCAGCGCGAGGAAGUUGACAACCGUAAGGAACUACCGUGCAAGUACUUCGGUCAAGGACAUUGUAAUUGGGGUGACGAGUGUCCCUUCCAGCAUAUAAGGCAAGAGGAAUACGAACAUAUGCAGGUUCCGGAGGAGCAUUCAGAAAAAGACCCGGAGAUUGAGGACAUUGAGUCGAUAGAAACGCCUCCAGACACUCGACCUAGUCACCCAAUACCGUCAGCGGAACAAAGUUUUUUCCACUGUCGUGUCCGGUUCGGUCCAGGUGGUGUUCCAGAGGAAGUUACGACACCCUUUGAGAGCCACACAGUUGUUAUCUCUCACCUUCCUCUCGCGAUUACAUCACAACAAAUCGAGGAACUAGACCGACUGGUAUCCAGUUUUGGGACCAUCGAUGACCAAACGACAGAGACCAUUGACGAUGCGGUGCAGGUGAGGAUAGACUACUCUUCCAUCCCAGACGCUGCGGUGGCUGCUCGUUCUUUGAACAACUAUCAAUUCCACUCUUCUAUCCUGACUGCGCGUGUUGAUUCACCCUCCCCUAUUGUAUACAACAUCCAACCGGCAAAGGAUAGUUGUUGGGUGAAGAUAGCUUAUCCCACGCCUUACCGCCGAGCUUGGUGUUUUUAUCGCACAAUAACCCAGGCGAAGCAGGAAGUUAAUCGGUUGGAUGGCAGGACUUUGAGAGGGCGCAAGGUCAAAGCAUCCUUUCAAUCCCGACUUGCCAGCCGCCGCAACCAUAAUGCUUUCGCCAUCUGUUUGGAUAAUCUUCCCCUGCGUACGGAAAAGGACGAUCUCAAGGGAUUUUGUGAUGGUCCUAUGCUGGUCGAAAUAACCAGUCCGAAUUAUAACGAGUCUCCCUUGGAGGAUAUCCGCCGUUUGCUGGAUAGUUUUGGGGACAUUCAGCUGUUCGAACUUGUUCCAUCAUCACCCUCCAAAAGCAAGCAAUUAGCGUUUGCACGAUUUCACGAUGCGAAUGCAGCCGUCCUCGCAGUCCAGAAAUUGAACGGCACCGAGCACGAGUUCAUUGGCGGGAGUGUUUUGACCGUACAGCUCACGUAUUAUUCCUGCUUUGAGGUUCCUUCCCAACAAUUGGCUAUUAUUGAAAGGGAAAUAGAACGCAUACGGGACUCCCGUUUCGAGGAGUGCAAAAUUCAGUGGGAUGCAGAAGGGGACACGACUCAUGUUCGGGUCUUCAGCCCCAAAGCUCAAGCGCUGGCACGAACAAUGAAAGAGAUCCGAGUUCUCCUCUAUGGUGAAGCCAUGCUCGUGCCUGAGGACUCACAGCCUUUCUGGGUCGAAUACUUCGAUACUGUGAGCUGCCAGAAGGCGCUCAGAAACGUGAAUCGCGAUGCUUCAUUCUUAAUACAGCUUGAUUUUCGGAAUCGACAUGUCCUUCUCUUUGGUAGUGAAGAGGCCCGCUCGAGCGCCAAGGCGAAGUUAUUAGGACUAGUAAAGAAGGUUGACAAAAUGCGUUACUCCCUUAAUCUUCGUGGACCUGGAAUUAGGACUUUGUUGGAUGGAGGAUUGGAGAUUUUGGAGAAGUCGGGAAUCAACUCGAACAAGAUGGUCCUUGACGUCACCUCUCGCAUGUUCUCGCUUUGGGGCGGUAUCGAUGAGUUCCAGAAAGUGGUUCAGGUGGUCGGUCAGUGCGAAUCUGAUCCUCCGACAACUAAAAUGUCGGCAUCUUGUCCUAUAUGCCGUCUUCCACCUUUCAAACCUAUAGAACUAUCUUGUUGCCAUGUCUAUUGCGAUAGGUGCAUCUCGUACUACAUACAAUCGCGAACUAUUCCUCCUUUCGAAAAGCUUGUCUGCCUGGCAUCGGCACAGGAUGACGAUGAAUUACCCCCAUAUCCAUGCACCAACGAAAUACCUCUCUCCGUGAUCGGGAAUCUCCUAUCACCAGAGGAAACAUUGGAUCUAUUAGAAACAUCAUUCUUGGCGCAUGUUCAGAAAAACCCUCCAGCCAAAUUCAGAAUGUGCCCGACGAUUGAUUGUCGAUUGGUAUACCGCAUUACUGAAGAGGACACAGUCAUUCGAUGCCCUGAAUGUAAAUUGUUCAUCUGCUCAUCCUGUAACGUGGUAUCGCACGAUGGAUUGACAUGCUCAGAGUACCGGCAGAUAGAUGUAUCACACACAUGAGUGGUGUUUGAGAAUUACUUAUGCAAAGGAGGAACAUAUCCAUUCAGUUUUUCUUGGCUUCAGCAUGUAUA